UGAGCGAGGAUCGGUGGUUCGUGGCGUCUUGGACAACCUGUCGAGAAGUAGAUUUUAGUGCUUAAUUUUUUAUCUCCCUCUCUUCUGAGUCAGCUGGCGCGAGGCGGUUCUGGGCGAAGGCGCUUCCGGCGAGAGAGACAAGCCUCAGCGGUUGACAUUGCGAUUAUAGAAGUUGGUCUUGAAGUCAGAGAAGACUCAACCGAUGUGUGAAGCAGACAAUUCUGAUACUUGCUGUAAUGCCAUGGCUUUCACUUUCUGUGGGCGUUCCCAACAUCAGACAACUUGCAAUUCAGUAUAAUGUUUCAUGCAUCUUGGUGUUCGGAGAUUCAAGUGUAGAUCCCGGAAACAACAAUGUUCUUCCCACCUUGAUGAAAAGCAACUUUGCGCCUUAUGGAAAGGACUUCUUCAAUGGCCGACCAACAGGAAGGUUCAGUGAUGGCAGGCUUGCCUCAGAUUUCCUUGCUGAGGCAGUAGGAUACAGAAAAACAGUUCCAGCAUUUCUAGACCCAAAUCUGAAGCUAUCAGACCUUCCACAUGGGGUUAGCUUUGCAUCAGCAGCUACAGGAUAUGACGAUUUUACUGCCAAUAUUUCGAACGUUCUGCCAGUGUCCAAACAACUAGAGUACUUUGAGCAUUACAAGAUCCAUCUGAGAAAACUAGUGGGUGUGGAAAGAUCAGAAUUCAUUGUAAGAAAUGCCCUUUAUAUCAUCAGCAUGGGCACAAAUGAUUUCCUCCAAAACUACUUCUUGGAUCCUACUCGCCCCAAUCAAUUCAGCAUUCUACAGUUCCAGAAUUUCUUGCUCUCCCGCUUUUCUCAUACCAUCGAGGGGAUGCACAGGCUAGGAGCCAAGAGGAUUAUAGUGGUGGGGGUACCACCAAUGGGAUGCCUUCCACUGAUGAAAGCGUUGCAGAACAAGAGAGACUGUGUGGCAAGCUUGAACAGAAUAUCAUACUCAUUCAACUCAAAGAUAUUGCACCAAAUGGCAACCUUGAGGGCAAAACUUGGUGUAAAAAUGGCCUAUGUUGAUGUUUAUAACUCUAUCCUCAAUGCUGUUCUUGACCCCAUCAAGCACGGAUUUGAGGAAGGAUCAAAGGGAUGUUGUGGGACAGGGACAGUGGAAUACGGGGAAUCAUGCAGAGGAUUGGAGACAUGUUCGGAUCCAAGCAAAUACAUUUUCUGGGACGCUGUUCAUCCCACAGAGAUGAUGUACAAGAUUGUGGGUGAAGCAGCCAUUCGUUCUGUCGCUAGAGAACUCACUUCAUAGCUCCAUAAUUAUUCUCUACUACUUGUUUUACAUUAUUAUUAUUAUUAUUAUUAUUAUUAUUAUAUAAGUCGUGUGAUCAAGUUUCAAGUGUAGGAAAAAAUUGUACUAGAUCUAUCAACGACAUGGGAAAAAGUUGGGUUUUACAAGUUUCAAAUGAAAUGCCACAUUCGA